CGGAUUUGGAUGCGGAAGUUGCUUAUUUCCCAGCAUGCACCUAUGAAAACAGAGAAAGGGGAAAAUAAUACAUUGUUAAAUAAAAAUGCCUAAUUUUCGUUAAACAGCUGUUUGAGCUGAGAAACACUGCUGUUAAGAGAUGGGUAGUUCCUCAUCCAAGUUUCGCAAGCAUCUCCAGAAUGGAGAUGAAGUGGCGGCGCUGAAUGUUUAUAACAAUCACAGUGACCUAAGAAAAGGGCUGGACCCUAAUUGUUCCUAUGGUGAUAACUUUCAACAUGAGACACCUCUCCAUUUUGCAGCUCGUCAUGGAAUGAAAAGUUUAUUAAGGAUAUUUCUGUUUGAGCAUUGUGGAAAUCCAAAUAAGACCAAUGGCAAGAAGGAGACUGCUUUACACUGUGUGUGUAUGGAGAAGAAUCCACAGUAUUACCCAGUUCAGCGGCGGAGACUUGAGUGUCUCAACAUGAUGUUACAGUGGAGAGGGGCGGAACUUAAAGAUGGAGAAAUAGAAAAAGUAGAUCUAGCAGCAGUAGAUGAGCAAAACAACACAGCUCUGCACUAUGCAGCAUUGUCUGGUCUGAAGGCAUGUGUUGAGAAUCUGGUCAAUCACUCAUGUCCAUUGUUUGUGGAGAAUACAGACAAUCAGACACCAUGUGACUGUGCCGAGAGCAAGGAAUACAACGAGAUUGCUCUCUAUCUCGAAUCCAAAAUGGUCUUCUCUAAUGAUGGGACUACUGAUGAGAUAGAAGAAGUCCCACCCCAGGUUGACUCGGAGGAAUACAGUGGUCUGCGGGCCCAGGACCUACAGGAAGCCAAGGAUCAACUGCUUGUGGAGACUGCAGACAUGCUUAGUAUACCUCUCUUCACUGCUGAGGCCCUGCUCAGGAACCAUGAAUGGUCAAGAGAGAUGUUACUAGAUGCCUGGAUGUCUGACCCGGUGGCCUGCUGUGAAAAAAGUGGAGUUACUCCCCCUGCCAACCUGUUCAGUGAGAAACCAGUGGUUGCAGAGUCGUUGAGUACACCGACUAUGACACAUCCACCAAGUUCUUUUGCUGAGUGUGACAUUUGUACUCUAGCAUUUGAGAUGCAUGAUGCUCCAGUACACAUGAGUUGUCACCAGUUCUGCAGAGAAUGCUGGGAAGGAUACUUGAAUGUAAAGAUACAAGAAGGAGGAGUACAUGACAUCACCUGUCCUGGGUUUGACUGUAAUAUUCUAGUACCUGUAGAACAUAUAGAGAAUGUAGUGUCUAGAGACAUGGCUCGGCGAUAUCUGCAGUUUGAUAUCAAGGCAUUUGUGGACAGCAAUCCAAACAUAAAGUGGUGUCCCUUCCCUGGAUGUGGUAGGGCUGUCAAACUUCCAGAGAUGUCAGAGGGGGCUACAGCGAGUGGAGUGACAUCGCCAAGACAUAGUAAAAUACCAAACGAUACAUCCAGGGCUGUUGACUGCGGAAAUGGGCACUAUUUCUGCUGGGAAUGUGUGGGUGAAGCUCAUGAACCAUGUAGCUGUGAAAGCUUACAGAAAUGGAUGGGAGAAAUAAAAGAUAUACGACCAGAGACAUUAAAUGGCACAGAAACUGAAACAGAAACUGCGGCAAACUGUUUGUGGUUGGUUACAAACUCUAAAUCUUGUCCCAACUGUAAGUCCCCAAUACAGAAAAAUGAAGGCUGUAACCACAUGAAGUGCUCAAAGUGUAAAUAUGAUUUUUGCUGGGUGUGUUUGGACCAGUGGAAAAGACACAACUCCUCCACCGGAGGAUAUUUCAAGUGUAAUAGAUAUGAGGUAUCCAAAAAAGUGGAUGAUACAACAAAACAGGCUGUAGUACAGGCUGUAGAGAAAAACACGAAGAUGCAGGAGUUGAACAAAUUUGUCCACUACUAUACUAGAUAUAAAAAUCACGAGAACAGCUAUAAGCUGGAAGAACCAUUGUUGAAAACAGCAAAAGAAAAAAUGCUCAAAUUAGCUGAGGCAGUCACAGAUUUAGCUACUGCUAAGGAUGAGACCAAGUUUGUUGAAGAAGCCGUUAACAAGUUGUUAAAGGCACGCAGGGUGCUGAAGUACAGCUAUGUGUAUGGUUACUAUCUAGAUGGACCACCGUAUCGUAAAAUUGUCUUCGAAUUUAUGCAGACAGAAUUAGAAGAGUGUACAGAAAUCCUCUCCCAGAUGGUGAAUCGACUGUACUUAAGGACACCUAGGAAGAAAAUCAUAGAACAGUCCCAGAUCUGUCACAGAAAGAGACUGGAGUUUCUCACUGCUAUAUCAAAAGGAUUGGUACCCCCAGAAACACCUCCAGGUCUGAGGAAAAAGCGGCGGAAGUACAGCAUGGAUACAGAGGAUGAGGACCUACGAAAGGCAAUCCUUGCCUCUAUAGAGGACUUUGAUCCACAGAAUCCAUGGAUAGUGGAUGCCUCCGGACGUCACACAAACAUUGCUGCACUGCUUGACUGGCCGAGUGAUGACAGUGAUGAUAGUGAUGAUGAACAGCGCCAAUCAAACGAUCAAGGUUCACCGUCAGCCGAGUCCCAACCGGAGAACUGUCUCAGAGAUGGUUGCACAAGAUCUCGUGCUAAAAAUCCCCGUACAGGAGAACUGCAUAAUUUUUGCAGUCUUAGAUGUUCCCGUCUUCAUAAACAGAGAAAAGAGGAUGUUACUCCCAAUUUCUCAGAGAUACAGCUAGAUGAACAGAUGGAUUUUCUUCGUGCAAUUGAAAUGUCACGUUUACAAUACCUUAAAGAACAAGGUGUGAUCAGUGAUGAUUCAAGGUCUGACCUGACCUCGUCUGGAGAGGUGACACAGAUCAAGGACACUCCUGAUACAGCAGACAUUUACACACCUGCUGAAAGGCUUGAUAUUGAGAUUAAACGUCUGCUAGAACUCUCCUCACUCGGGACAGAAGACAUAGAUGAAGCAGAAAGAAAAUUGUCCAAUGCCAGUCUACCUGAGCCACUUUCAGAGGUAAAAUCAGUUCAGCAAUUCAGCAGAUUUGGUGAGAACCAGUCUACAAUAGUGAGCAGGGUACCAAAUAAAAGUGUAGAAGACCUGUAUCACCCAGACUGCAACAGUUGCCAGAGUAACCAGACUGUGUCCCCAUUAACCUCUAGUAAACAUGUCCACCACAGGGCAGCAUCACAGGGUAGACUGGACCUGGAAAAUCUCCAGUUUGAUGGAGUUGAUCUUGAGUCUUUAGGAGCUUGUGGUGGUGUUGAUGUGGAUGGGACACAGUCUCGAAAAAAUGAUGAUGCUGACAAUCAGACAGCUGUAGAUGAUAUAAGAAUAGAGGGUCCGAUCAUGCAGAAACUGUUAAACAUGGACAAAAUUGACAGUGCUUGCAGUGAAACUGCCCCAUCUGCCAGUAGUUCAUUUGGUGUGAUUAAAGAUAUUUCUGUAUCAAAUAUCCUUGUGGAAGAUGAUGACAAAACCAGACAUUUUGCCAAAAAAGAUUUCAGUAAUCUGGCUAAGAACAAGUCAAAAAAUGUUCAACGUGGAAAUGGUAGAUUAUUUGCUGCCAAUACCCCUGGUGAGGACGAGAAAGUUUUCUCUUUAAUAAGUCCGGAGUCGGACUUUUCCGAGUCUAGUUCAAGUGAGGUUUGGGGGUAUAGACCGCAACCAGUCACAGAUCCAGUUCAAACCCAAACACCAGAGACUGACUCAAGUAUUGAUGGGUGCUCCUAUGCUGAUUUACCCAAUCAGAAUAUGUAUUACAAACAUGACGACUCAGCCAAUGAGAACAGUCCUAUCAUUGCUGAAGAAACAAAAUUGGAGAAUGUGAUUGGUCCAUCAAGUUAUCAGUCAGCCAAUCAGAUUUCUAUAUCAGAGAUGACAGAAAACUUGUUGCAAAUGACAUUAGACAUGCAGGAUAAACUUUACAUUGAAAAUAAUACUCAGUCAGAACAGACUGCCAUUGCUGCAGAAGACAUUAAAGAAAGUAGUUCCCAUGAAUCACCAGUAGACGAUACACCACCUAGUGGACAUAAUUCAAACCAAGAGCAGAUAACUCUGGAUACUAGUGUCCAUAUACCACAAAGUGUGUUAUUAGAAAAUGAGGGAAACAACGAUUGCAGUGUGAUAGAUCUGGACCAAUCAGAGGCCUUAUCUCACUUUGACCAAACAGUGGUCUCCAUGGAAACUAAUAAUAGGUCAAGGGAGACAACUAUAGGAAGGGAAGCAAAUAAUAGUGAGGAAACUGAAUCAAGAUCUACAUUUGUUUGAAACAUGUUGUAGAAAUCCAAAUAUCCUGUUUAAUAUACGUAUUACUCAAAAAAGAGAAUUUAUUUAUAUACUGUGUUAGACUAGUGUUUGUUUGAAAAAAUAUUUUAUGUAAAGGCAUUAAAACUAGAUGCUUUAUCUGCUUUUGAGAUUAAAUAUUCUUUUGAGUAUGGGCUUUCUUAAAUGCUUUUUUGUGAGCAUUUCGUUAUAGAUUCCUAGGAAUUUUUCGUAGCAUAAGAUUUUGUCUCAAGCUAGACUUUUAUUGUUUGUAUCAAAAACAAACUUUGUUCAUGGGCUCUGCUUUUAUAACGAGUGUAUAGUCUUUUUCAAAAUAGUUUGUGCAUAAUGUUGAUCUUUUUUAAAACAGAUAAAUACAAAUGUAAGUAGGCGUAAUGAAUGAUUUUUAAUUGUGGUAAAAAUUGAUCAUGAAAGUAUGAAAGCUUUGUCUUUUUAAAAGAUGUCAAUUUUUUAUUUAAAGGAAAUGUAUUUGUUGUCUUCACAGGACCAGUCAUAUUGUCAUUUAUAUACUGAAAACUGCUUUGGAAGCUGAACUUCAUGAUAUAUUUUAUUACACACUUCAUUAUGGCAUUCGUAAAAUUGCUUUGUUUUCUAAAAUUACAGUGUGCUAAGAUAUCAAGCAAGUGCUAGUUGUAAACAUACAUGACGUCAUGUCAGUGCAGUAACUCAAUAAGUGCAUAUAUAUUACAUAAGCACUUAUUGAAUUAUUGCGCUGACAUGACGAUGAGUUGUCUGCCCUUGACUAUCUGUUUGUCAAUGAAUUACUUUUAACUUUAUUGAACAUUACAGAAACUUUUAAUUCAUUUAUUAUCUACUGUAGAAGAUGAAAGUUUGCAUACUUAAUUUUGUGGAAGAAAACGGCAAGAUUUUGUAGCAAUGUAGAGAAAAAAAGGGGCAUGCCUCCAGUUAAAUGUGGAAAGAGUAAAAUAAGAAAGGAAGUCACAAUUAACUAACUGACAAAAUUUAUAUUAUGCCCCAGUUUCACAUUUGAAAAAAAAACUAUUACUGCGCAGAAUCUGUUUAAAUAUGAAAUUAACAAAGUUGUGUGUUAAUUUAUGUUUAACUAGCCACAGUAUGAGUUUGCAGCAGUUUCUUAACCUUUACCCUGCUAAAUUUCUAAAAUGGACUGGUCCACCAUUCAGUUUGGUCAGUACCAUUUAUGAUUUAAAGGGGUGUUCACUGAAAAUUUACUGACUGAAAAGCGAACAGUGCAGACCAUGAUCAGCCUGCACGGAAGUACAGGCUGAUCAUGGUCUGCACUGGUCGCAAAGGCAGAAUCAGCAGGCUAAAGGUUAACAAAUGACUGUUACUACUUUGUAAGAUACAUUUGAUGAGAAUUUUCUACAUUUCAAGUUUAUAUCUAGUGAUAAAAUGAGCCAUGCCAUGAGAAAAUCAACAUAGUGGCUUUGCAACCAGCAUGGAUCCAGACCAGCCUGCGCAUCCGCGCAGUCUGGUCAGGAUCCAUGCUGUUCGCUUUUAAAGCCUAUUGGAAUUGGAGAAACUGUUAGCGAACAGCAUGGAUCCUGACCAGACUGCGCGGAUGCGCAGGCUGGUCUGGAUCCAUGCUGGUCUCAAAGCCACUAUGUUGAUUUUCCCAUGGCACGGCUCAAAUAUUCUAACACGACUGAUCUGUUUUACUAGUGAACAAAGAAUACUCUAACUGUGAUGUUAUUAUGUAACAACAUCAUUGUUUGUAUAUAACAAUAAUUAUGUCAUAAAAGAUGAGCUUAUUGUACCUUUAAAAAUUGCCUCGCAAUCUGCAUGAUUUGAAGAAUAGGUGUUUACUGUUUAAGUCAUACUAUCAAAUUUUUGUAGUUGCAAAAAGAAAUUUAACUUGAAUUUAUAUCCUACACGACUUUAAUUACACUGAUUUAUAUAAUUAUCGGUAUUUAUAAAUAGAAGUUGCUAUCAGCUUUGAAUAUCACAAAUUACAUCCGGGGUAAUUGAUAUGAUGAUGUAAGUGCAGUCAGCUGUUUUGUGGGGACGUAAAUUCAUGGAUUUAAAUUUUUUACGAUACUAUUAAUGGAAAAUAUACCGACUCAUCAAGGUUAAUUUCGUGGAAUAACGCAACCAUUUUUUAGUGGUUUAUUUUUCACUUGAAAAAUUGAUCAGAUCAAAAUAAUUUUAAACAUGUCAAAGUGUUUUUUCUUAAAAACUUACAAUUUGGUGAUAGAAAAUGGGCUUUAUCAAUAAAUGUAUAUUCUGUUCUUACAACUAAUGGAUGGUUUUGUAACAGUUUGAUGAUUAAGAAUAAAUUCAUUUUAAACAACUUAUAAUGGUGCAUGCCUGCAGAUUUAUGGCCUCUUCAAAAUUGAUGAAAAUCCUUUUAAUUGUCCACUAAUUAAAAAAGGAGCAUUUAUUGAUACAACUAUUUUUUUGUCUAUAAAACUUGCAGAAAAGUUUUCUGCCGUGUUAGUCACACAGUAAAAAAAUGUGCAAUAUGCUAUAUGGCAUUUUAACUGAACUUUACUACUUAUUUAAAAAAUUUGGACUUAAAAUUCCAUAAUGCAUUUAUUUUUAUGCAAAAAAUAGUUAAAGCAACUGUCAAAAUAAGCGUAAUUAUUUGGCUAGAAGAAGUACUACUCUCAAUUAUGCACAUGAAAUUAUACAAUAAAAGUCAUAAAGGGAGGUAAUAAAAAACAAUAAAUUAGGAUAUAAAUCAAAUUUCAAAACCUACAAGAUAUAUCUGGGAUAACUGUUACAGUAAACAGUAAAUUUUUGAAUAACUUUAUUUUAUGUCUUUAACAAAAAUAUGGAAGGGAUAUAUUAAUCAAAGUGAAUAAACUUUGACAUCCUUGCAAAUCGUGGGCUGAGCGCGAAACUAUUGUAACUGUAUAUAAAUAAAGAACAAGAUACAAUAGUUUCGCGCUCAGCCCUCGAAAUGUUAUUUGGAGGUAUGUCCCUUUAAGGAAAAUAUUAAUCAAACAAUAACUGAAAUAAAAGAAGCUUGAAGUUCUGAGCCGGGAAAAAAUGUUGCUAAUUUGUUGUUUUUUAAAUCGUAAAAUAUUCCUCGACAUUAAUCCUUGUUAAAAGACCUUUUAAGAUGAAAAAAGUUCUUUUGUUUUUGACAAGUGAUCUGUUAUCUCUGAUAUAAAUGUUGUUUGUUUUUGAUUAUUGUGAUAUAUUUUUAGCUCAUAUUGUUUCAGUUGUUCUAUUUUUAGUGCUGUGAUUUACUUACGUGUUCAUGUAUGGUGUAUAACUCACACAUGUAGAUACAUGUAUUUGUUGGCGUCUCUCUGUUUAUAUCCUGUCGGUGUUGUCCUUAAUGGUCACACUUGUUAAUUCUGAAAUGUGUUGGCAAUAUGCUAUAGAAUUUUUAUUUCGUGGACAUGAAAUUCGUGGUCUAACCGCAAGUAGAUAACCGUAACUGCCUGUUUCCUGGAGAAUUGAAUUUUAGAAUCAAAUUUUAAAUUUUGAAGAUUAAAUGACUGUUGUUUUUUUUUUCGUUAAUUGGGAUUUACAUGUAAUUUCGUGGAUUAACUCAACCGUGAAAUCCUUGAAAAUUAGUCAGCCAUGAAUAUUGAUGAUGUUACAGUCAUCUACUUGAGGUCUGUUAUAGUAGACGCAACUUGACCCCGAUGGUUGACCUUUGCAUUAUAAUACAUAACGAGGCACAACCUAAUUAUUGAAAAGGAGUGUACGUAAAACACAAGCAGCACGAGAAAAAGGAAAUAUAAAUUUGUGUAAAUAUAAAUGAUUGUAUUGGAAAGUUUUAAGUGAUCAAAUGUAAUUUUAUAUUCUUUGAUACUGCACUGUAAACAAACUAAUUUUAUAUAAAUAUACACGGCUACCCUAAGCACCCUUAAUUUCUACAAUGAAAUAAUCGAUAUGAAUAAUCAGCCUAAGGUCAACCAUCGCGGUCAAGUUGCGACUACUAUAUGCCAAAGGUCAAGGACUUAGUUACAUUUAGACUGAAAAUAAGGGGAGAGAACACCUUGAUACAUUAUCACAAAGUCUUAUAGGAUGAUUGCCUGUGGACAGUACAUGACCUCAAAUGAGCAUUUUGAAGUUUCAACUUCUCUCUUGCUUUUGAAUUUUUUGUUGAAAUUAAGUUUUUAUGUGCUGCAAUAAUUUUGUGAAAGUGUGCAUUUCAUUAAUUAGCAGAAAUCAUAAUAAAAUGAUUGUGUAAUUCAGAGAAAGAAAAAGAACAACUACUCCAAGUUAUCUCUUUAAGGCUGAAAUAAUCUUGUGGUGUGAAUAAAAAAUUUGUUAAGAAUAAAAUGUUUUACUAUCCUGGCAGAUAACAAUAUACAUAUAUAUAUAUUGCAAACAUGCAAGUUUAUUGGGUUGGUCGUACCAAAGGCAAAUCUUGAAAUACAUUCAAUAGAUUUUCAAAUUACUAUACACAACUGUUCAUCAUCUUAAUAUGACAAGGAAACACGCAUGACCAAGGUCACUAGGUUCAAGGCCAAGUCCACACUUGAGUGGCCAAAGGUCUUAUAGCUUUAUUUUAUAUCUGCACCAUAUCUUUAAACUGCUGGAAAUAUUUUCAUAACACUAGUAUCAGUUAUGCACCUUAUCAAGAAGACAGGCAAAGCGUGUGACACAGGGCACUAGGUUACAUGUAAGGUCGCAUGUAAAGGUCACACUUCCAGGCCAGAGGUCAAAUAGCAUCAUUCUAAAUGGCAGGAAUAAUUUUCAUAAAACUAGCUUCAUUUUUUAACCACAUCAAGACUUAGAGAGAGCAUGUCCCAAGUAACUAGGCCACAAGUAAAGUUCACACAUUGGGGGGCAAAGGUCAAAUAGUUUUAUUUCUUGUUUGCAUCAUAUUCCAUAGAGACUCAAAGGAUUAUCAUAAAAUUAGCAUCAGCUGUUGAACUUGGUAAAAAACAACAACAUCCAGAUUACUAGGUAUAAGGUCAAGGUCAUAAUUGGAGGUCAAAGAUAAAAAAUAGCCCUUUUACAAGUCUGCUCCAAAUCUUCAAAACUGCAGUAAAGAUUUUCAUAAAAUAAGUUUCAGUUUCCUCAUCAGAACAUCUGUGUCCUAUCCCUUUCUCUGUACCAAAGUGUCUUCUAGGGAUAUUAACCACCUUCAGUGAUAGCUCUAGUUGAAAUUUUAAAUGAAAUUUUAUGUUAUAUAUGUUCUGUCUUUCAGUUAUUAUUUAUUACAAUUUGUAAAUCUUUUUUUUUUAUAUUAAAUUAAAUGAUAUUUUGUCAUGAAAUUGUUUAAAGAUAUGCCUAAUAGAUAGAAAGUAUAUAAUUUUUGUUCAGUGCAUUAUAUUGUAUAUUAUUUUUGUGUGCACAAUAAUUCAUCUCGGUGUAAAGCUGUUGUAUGUGUGUUACAUUCAGUUACAAUCAUUUUGCACAGACACAGCAAAAAUUCUCAUUGAAAGUAGUGGUUUCUGUGAAACAGUAUUACAUGAAUGUCUUAAGUAUUAUUUUGCAGAAUGUAAAUCUAUGACGGGUUGAUCAUGGGAAUUUGUAAAGACCACGAUUUGUUUUCUCUAGGGGAUGGUGUUUUUCGACAGGUUUGACUGUAUUGCACAUACAUAAGGGUUAUUAUAACAGUAGCUCGAUCUUGGAUGCUGUAUUCGGUUUGAGUGGAUGUUGUCAGAUCCAAUGUCACAAGGUGCAUAAGUGCCAAGUGUGAUCGGUCCUUGCAAAAUUCACGAGAGCAGAAUACAAAAUACAAGAUUGAGCUACUGUUGUAAUGACCCUUUUAUUAUAUACAUCCACCUUUUUUAUUUGCUGCUUUGUUAUCAAACAAAAUCUUCAUUGUAGAUAUUAAAAUAGAAAUGAGUGAUGUUUUCGUGUGCACUUUAUAGAACUGUGUCAGGUCAUGCAUAUCAAAUGAAUAUAUACAGAAGGUACAAUAUGGAAUUUUUUUCUGCCUGUUCAUAUUUACUUGUGAAAUACAAGCAGUAUUUUCAACAGAAUUUAUAUAGGUAUAUAAUAAAGUAAAAUAACAGCUUCUUGAGGUGGCAAGGAAAUGAACAAAAUAUUGGGAGUUAAUCAGGGUUUCAAAUGAUCUAGACAUAGAAAGUAUAAGGAAAAUGGACAGGACUAGCAAGACCAGGUGGUCAAGGCAUGGAUGCUCUGCAUGAACAUUGUUGUACUGUAUUUUAUAACAGUUUAACCUGAAUGAAGCUCCCAUAACUCAAAAAUAAAAAUUAUAGAAAUGUUUUAUAGUGCACAGGAUAAAGUUUUUUGACAAGCAGUAGAAUACAAACAAAGCAAUAACUUCUGAGGAAACUGUAUUCAGAAACAAAGUAUGUUGAGAUUUGGGUGAUAUUUUAUUUUACCAAAAAAUUUGCUAUAAAUUAUGCUUAUUUUGUUUUCUUUCUUAAAAACUGGGGACUUUGAAUAUAGUUUUGUAUGGGCAUUUCUAUAUGAUUUGCAAGGGUAUUGUUUUAUAGUCUGUGAUUUAUAUUGUAAUUAAUAUACAUGUAUCUUCCCAGACUAAGGGAGAUAAUGUCUUUGUCUAUCUUCCCAGACUAAGGGAGAUAAUGUCUUUGUCUAUCUUCCCAGACUAAGGGAGAUAAUGUCUUUGUCUAAUCUGUUCCUUAACAGGAGUUUCUUAUCAAUGAAUAUCCACCAAAGCGCUUGUAGGAUUUUUGUGAAAUUGAUAGAAGUUGUGUAUGUCAUUGGCAGGUUCCACUCAAACUUUACCAGAGUUAUGACCCCUUACAGGUCUUUCCUUCAUAAGAUUUUUGCUGGACUACUUCUGUAAUAAUAAAUACCAGGCUUAGUUGCAUAUAUUUAACUUUUACCCUGCUAAGUUUCUAUAGUGGACUGGUCCAUCAUUCAAUUUGGGCAGUACCAUUGAUUAUUCAAAGGGGUGUUCACUGAAAAUUAACUGACUGAAUAGCGAACAGUGCAGACCAUGAUCAGACUGCACGGAUGUGCAGGCUGAUCUUGGUCUGCACUGGUCGCAAAGGCAGAAGCACUUGCCGUCAGCAGGCUAUAGGUUAAAGUUUUAUACAGUUGCAUGAUUUUUUAAACUAAGUUAUGGCCCUUUCAUAAAAAUCAAAUGCUUGGAAUGGCCUAUAUUCUUUUUAUUUCAGAAACAACAUUCUGUUUUUUUAGAUGCUCAUACAGUUUGGCCUUUUGUUUACUAGCAGUCGAUGACAUAUGCAAACAGUUUUCUUUUUAGCUAGGUUGUUGCUAGUUAAAAAAUGGAGAAAAUCUAAGGGUAAACAUUUAUUUUAUGCCAGUAUUCUUAGUAGUGAAAUUGCAACUUUUGUUAUGCAGCUUUAUUUUUAAGGCAAUCCAGAUUUUAGGUCAACAGUUCAUUCUCGAUAUUAACCAAGUCUAGUAUUAACUGUCUGAUACAGUGCAACUUGUGUGUAUAGACCGUCCUUCGCAACUGAAUAAAAGAGUUGUCUUUGUUGACAGGUAGUCUCUCAAAACUGGUAAAUUUACACACUUGAGCCACGCCAUGAGAAAACCAACAAAGCAUCCGUGCAGUCUGGUCAGAGUCCAUGCUGUUCGCUUUCAAAGCCUAUUGCAAUUAGAGAGACCAUUAGCGAACAGCAUGAAUCCUGACCAGACUGCACGGAUGCGCAGGCUGGUCUGGAUCCAUGCUGGUGGCAAAGCCACUAUGUUGGUUUUCCCAUGGCACUGCUCAAUUUAUGAUUAACCUUUAUCCUGCUUGGGGCAAGUUAUUCUGCUUUUACAGACUGCACUUCACACAAAGGUAGAAUCACUUGCUGCCAACAGACGAAGGUUAAAGCAGGUUAUUUCAAGUUAUCUCAAUACACAUAUAGUUUGCACAUCAAUAGGGACAGUAUACUAAAAACAGCUUGAUUUCCAGUGUGCUUAUAUGGGCUUAUUUGUAUGUUUUUAUGUAUCAUGUUUUUCAUAGCAACAUGAAAAUAGAAUGACAUUUUGGCAUAAUAAUAUAAGUUCAAACUGGGUACUUAACACAAAUCUUGGUAAAAAACCCUUAUUAUGUUUGUUAGAAUAGAAUGAAAUCUAAGCAGUUGACAAUCAGACUUGGGUUAUUGAAUGCUUUAUGCUGAAUAGACAUCUGUUUUAAGGUAGUUCUGCACGUUUGAUAAACCGGAAGUAAUGGCGUAACGUCAUUUAUCCGGAAAACGUAGAAUAAAGUCUGGAUUCGGCAUACGGAAAUGAAAAUCAUUUUAUGAAUUAACUGAAACCUGUGGGUAAAUUUAUUACAAUGGCACUGUUGCUAUAUUUCUAAAGUCAAAAUAUGAUAUUUAAACAUGUGACACAUUACAGAAUUCAAAAUAAUAUCUUGAAUUAGCGUGAAAUGUCCGUUCCACUUUAAUAAUGGGCAAAUAUCUCACAAAUAAGCACACGGACCUGUACAUUUUAUUUCACCAAAUUAUAAGCCAUUUGUUUAUUUAUAACUGUGAGAAGUUUCAUCAAAAUCUACAUUGUAGAAAAAUUUCUAUUCGCGAAAAUGUUAUGAAAGUUAUGAUUUUCCCAUAGAAUCCCAUUAUGAAAUAUCGCGUGAGGUUCAGAUUUUCAAAUUCAGUCUAGCAAAAAAUCAAGCACACGACCCUAUCUUUUUUAUUUGCUGAAUUUUCUACGAAUAUUCUGAAGUUUUGAAAAAUCAGAGUUUAAUCAAAUUCUACAUUAUAGAAAAUUUUUCGAUCAAAACGUGCAGAACUACCUUAAGCGCAAUUCCGGCAUAGCUAGUUCUUAAAUUGACGCUGGAAGUAAAUGUAGAAGGGAUAAAUUUUACGAAGAUUUUAUUCCUUGAAUUGAUUGAAAACAACCAAAUUUUAGUUGUUAAGGAUAUAUAUGUGCUUUGUAGAGAUUUAAUGUUAAAAAUGGUUGCUUUUUAAAUGCUGCUUAAAGCUACUUGCCCACAGUUUGGGUGAAAUUUUUCAACAUGCUUACCACCAAGUUUCGUAUAGAAUGUAUUAUAUAACGCUGAAAAAUGAUAAAGUGGGUGAAAAUAAAAGUUAAAUAUUGGUAGAAAAAUGCAAGAAGAUGUAAAUUUUCUGCAUUAUUUCAAAAACAGUUUACUAUCUUCUGCACAACAUUUUUGGUUAUUUUAAAAAAAAAAUCUUGCAAAAAUCUUAUGUCUAUGUAAGUUUGUACUACUAGUCACUUGCAGAGUACAUGUACUAAUUUUUUAUGGAUUUUUAAAAUGUGUAAGUAAGUCCCUUUAAUGCUCAGGUGUUGUGUAAAUACACCUAUUGCUCUAUUCACGAACACCCAUAUGACUUGAAUGAAUGAGGGCUGUUCUAAAACCUGACCAGGGUCUUAUGUUAUAAAGCUAAGUGUGGAGCACCAGUAUAUGAUUGGUAUAUUCUGAGCUCGGAUUCAAAAUCGACUAUUGAAAAUGUUCCAUUAAGAGACGCGUCUCCAACUAGUUUUAUAUAUGUUAGGCUCCAAGGUUAUAGAACCCGAGAUUGCAACCAGCUUUACUAUAUGUCAGAUUUAUAAUUACAUGUAGAAUCAGCUGUUAAACAACCAAACAGCUGCUUGAGUUUUCAGACUGGUUUCAACUUUGCCUGUGGUUCAAAAGUUAUACAUUUACAGCAUCUGACUGGUUCUUUGCACAUUUUCCUGAGACUGGACUCCAGACGAAAAUUGAUAAACUCAGCUUUUUCUUAGAAAAAAUGUCUUGCUUGCAAUUAUGUUCAGUUAAACAAAAAGCAAAUAACACUGUUAAUAUUUUGUAAACAUUGGUCCUAGUAUGCAUGUAAGCUGCUAGUCUUUGUUGAGGCAUUUUGCAAGUCAGCAAUUAGAGAUAUUUAUAGUAACUGACAUUCGUGUAUAUUUUUGUGCUUUCAGAUUUAAUGUGCGUCAAUAUAUGUAAUAAAUUCAUAGCCACAA